UUCAUCAGCUGACGGCAACGUUUUAACAAUCAGCUGUUGUGUUCGACCGCCUCACAAUCGUGCAUGGAAGAUAAAGAAAACUCGAUUUGGUGUGUUAGGACAGCCAAAGUACUUGUUCGUGUGUACUGUCAUGGCGAGCUGGAAGAAUCAUGUACGUGCUCAACUGCAACGUAGAAAUCAAAAAGAGAAACAUCCAUACGAGGGCGUGUAUAGAAGUUUGUCUCAAUUGGAAGAACGCUUUGAAAUUCGCCAGCAGUUCUUGGAGGAUGUCCAGUCAACAAGCUCACAAGGUGGGGAAAAUGUCAGAUUACUUCAACUUGGCCUCAGAGAAAGUGAGCAUCUUGCUGAUAAGUUGUCUCAGACUGUCUCCGAUUUGACCACCGUCCUGCAUCUGAAAGAUGCUGAGCUGCAGCACUGGCAGUCACGUGUGUCCCACCACCGCCAAGAGGCUCUCACUCUGGCUAAGACAAGCAACACCCUGAAGACAACCCUUUACCAACAUGAGUACACCAUCGAGCAACAAACAAAAGAACUGGCCACCCUGCACACGGAGCAAAGCGGCCUGAAGGAGGCGCUGUCGCAGGCUUGGAACGAGAAGGAGAAUCUUCUGCGGCGGUGGAUGGAGGAGAAGAAGCAAGAGGCGGACAGGCUGAAUAAAUACAACGACGCACAGGAGAGGUGGCAACGUGUGGCCAAGCGUUUGAGAAGGCACCUGUACAAGAAUGGGAAGAAAGCCAGUGAGCCUGUCACAAGCAACUCUUAAAACCGGUGGCAAAAUGUCGUUUCAAAAGAUUGUAAUCGCCUGUUAAAUAUUAAUCAAGGAAUUCAAGUCAGACAAAUAAUUUCUAACAGGUAUUAUUAAUCGAUGACUUUGAGCGCAAUGAUGAUGUUGGACCUCAUCAAAGUCCCUUGUGUCACCUUAUUACACACUUAUGAUGUCACACUUUAUUUUUGCAACCGUGUUUUCAGUGUUACUUUAACACAAAUGACCUUUAUCCAGGUAAUGCUUUUCUAUAACGUAACGUAAAAUUUUAGCGCGCUUAAAGUGACCGCGAAAAUAACCGUUCAUGUUAUCAAUCCCUUGGUUGGAAUGUAUCUGUAAAGAAAACAACCUUUUAAACAUUUUUAGAAUAAGUCAUAUUUGCUGCUAAUAAAUCACUUGGGAAAGCUAAAAUAACUGUUCUGAUAAUUGUGGGAAUAAAGUCACUGAUUUGCUAA